GGCCCUUUUUAUUUUUGGCGAACUCUCUCGUUUUUCUAUUUUUGUUCUCUUCCUUUCAUAAUCUUCCGAUGGUGAAUCUAUAAGCACAAAAUCAGAAAAAAAUAUGGCAAUGGAGACGGUCUACGAAGAGUUAGAUGAAGUAAAAGUUGAGAACGAGAAGCUAAAGCCAGAUUUGAAAAGCAAAUCCAAGUUAUGUGAAAAUUUGAAGAAAAUCCAGAAUGAGCUGUUAACAAAUAUCCAAGAAGCGAGUUCAAAAAUUGAGAAGCAGGUGGAACGAAUUCUCGAAAAAGAAGAAGAAAUCUCGGUGGCGAAGCGAGCGAAUGAAGAUCUUAAACACAGUCUAUAUGACAAAGAAAUGAUUGUCAAGCAUUUGAAUGGUGCAAAUGAUAAGCUAAGAGUUGAGCGCGAUGAGAAGAAUCAGAAAUGGGAGCAGGAAAAUGGACUGACGGUAUUGGCUUUAGAUGAAGCAAAUGAGAAGAAUGUAGAUCUAGAGAAGACAAUUAAUGUGCUAAGGGCAGAGAUUAUAAAAGCUCACCUCUCGGUGUCACAGAAUAAGUGUUUGGAAGCAAAGAAAAAGGCCGAAAACACGAAGGAGAUGAGAGAAAGAGAUGAUUUGUUGGAUGAGGUAGGAAAAGGCAGGAGGAAGGUUGAAGAUGAGUUAAAAUGGAAGAAGGAACAGUUCAAAUACCUAGAAGAAGCUCAUGAAAAGCUUUUAGACCAGUUCAAGGUGAGUAAGCAUGAGUGGGAGCAAGAAAAAUCUGCAUUGCUUGAUGAGGUUUCUUUGCUGAAAACAAGAUUGGAUUCUCAGAUCUGGAUUAUGGGAGAUCUUGAAAACCGUUUGAAAAUGAGCAACCAAGUUUUGGCUCAUGAAGAAACUAGAAGAAAGUACCUGGAAACUGAAAUUUCAGAGCUCAAAAUGCGGUUUGGAAAUAUUUUUUCUGAAUUCCAGGACGCAAAGUCACGAUUAGACUGCUUGAAUUUGCAAAGGGAAAACGAAGUUGCAACUCAGAGACAUUUAUUGGGUUCCAAGGAAUCGUUAAUGGAAGAAGUUUUUGAUAGCUCAUUGAAUUCCUUUUCCUCAGAGCUAGAAAUUGAAGAGAAAAAGUUAAUGAUUGAGGAGUUGGAGGAUGACAUUCCUAGUAUCCAGGAGAAACUGUUAUUGCAAGAAAAGUCCCUCUCUGGUUCUAACAAGCUAGUAUUGACUGUUGAAGCUGAACUUAAAGCAAAGAAUAUAGAAAUGAAGAAUUAA